AUGGACAGUUCGAGUAUGAAACACGGCGAUAUGGACCAUGGAAACAAAGAUAUGUGUUCUAUGAACAUGCUAUUCACCUGGAAUUACAAGAAUACAUGUGUGGUAUUUAAAUGGUGGCAUAUUCGCACCCUACCUCACUUGAUUUUGAGUGUGGCUUUGAUCGUAUUGAUCUCGUAUCUGUACGAAUAUCUGAAAUACUACGCAAGCAAGUCUGCGAUCACAAGCGGCUCAGGUAGCGGCCGGUCCGCCAACAUUAAGCGAGCAAGCUGGUACGGGGCCCAAGUCGGAUUUUCGUUCAUGCUCAUGCUGGUGUUUAUGACCUACAAUGGCUGGCUGAUGCUUUCGGUAGUUGUGGGCGCUGCCUGGGGCCACUACUCGUGGGGCAGCGCGGUCGAGAGCAACACGCGCAAUCUAGCCUGUCAUUAG